UGCUGGGGGUAACAUUCACAUUUUAUUCUUCUAGUAUUAAUUCUGUCAUUGUGUAUAGUGUUCUCUUGGUUCUACUCAUUUCACUAUUCAUUAGCCUGUGUAGUUCUUUCCCAGUUCCUUAAAAAUUUCCCGGUUCAUCACUACUUACAGCAUAGUACUGUUCAACCACAAUCAUGUACCACAAUUGGUAUAGCCAAUUCCCAAUUAAUGGGCAUCCCUUCAGUUGCCAAUUUGUCAGUAGAUUAAAUUUAAUAGUCUGCCAAGGGGAGUCAUUCAAAGGAAGAGGAUUUGAGGAAGUGGUCUUUAGAGCCCAGGAGGGAGUAAGAGCACAUUGCAGACAGGUCUUGUUCCCACCACCUCCAGUGGAUUCACAAGGAAGCAUCAACUCCUGCUGGGGAUUUUGUUAGUCCAUGGGAAUCACUCCUGACUCUCUCCUUUCAUAAUCUGUAUUGGUGGACCUGACUUCAGGGGUUUUACGAUAUUCUGUCAUGGUCGAUCCAGUUCCCUUUCAGACUGUCUGGAAGGGAGUCAUUUGGCACUCAACAUAACUUCUUCCCCUCCUUACUUUUUUUGUCUUAUCUUUUCUCCUUCUGCACUCCUCCCUUCCUAUUGGCUCAAAUUGACUGUCAUUAUUUUGGGCAAUUGAUUUAAGUGAUUCGAUGGACUUUGAGAAAGAAGGACCUGUGGGGCCAAUAUAAGGAAGUAAAGGAGAGAGAGAGAAGACACAGGCAGUAUAUUUUGAAUUUUGAAUCUUUCUAAGUAAUUUUUGUACUUUGCCUUCCUCAUAACGGUACUCAAGUCAAUAAAUGUUAAUAAGUGUUAUUUGAUUGACUUUCUGACUGACUUCCUUUUCCCACAGAGUUAAACAGAAGACUAGCUUCUGGAAGAAAAAAAUUUGACACAUCUUUGCCUGAUGGUACCAUCGCCCCAUCAGAUGACUCCUCGGUGUCCACAAUGACUGCCAACAAUACUUCAGGUUAUAAACAUCAAAUGAGCUUCCCUUGCUUCACAAACAUAUCAUGGAGCUCUUGCUACAAAACCUUCAAACUCAGCUUCACUAUUACCAACAUGUUUUACACAACAAAGAUGAAUCAAAAGGACUCCAGAACAUUCAAGGCUGCUGAGCAUAUCCUACAAAUCUUGCUCAAGGUAUUGUUUGGAAGCAGCAAGCUUGGCUCUCAGUAUUGUGGAUGCAGUGGCCUUUCACUGAGGUCUCUGAAGAACAGCAUAGCAACUGGAGUAGAUAUACUCUGCACUUUCAAGAAGGACUCCUCCAACCUUGUCCUGGACAAAAAGGUGGUUUCCUGGGAGCUGACUGAACAGCUCUGUAGAAGAGAGCUAAAACACCUGGUUAUAGACAAUGAUAGCCUCAUUGUGAAUGGGUAUCAACAUAAGCUGCCAGGAAUCAGAUCCACAAAGAGAAGUGAGGUUGCUGUAGGACCUGUCACCCAUAUCCCAGACCAUGGAGAACCAGGAAAAAUCAUGACAUCACUGACUAGUGGCCUCCUGAUCUGUGAAUCCCCUGUAAAUGCUAUAGAGAGUGACAUUGGUGUAGGGCCCUUCACCCAUAUCCCAGAACAUGGAGCACCAGGAGACAUGACAUCAGUGACCAGUGAAUCUACUGUAUGUGCCAUGGGAUUCUCUACUGAGACUUCAGGGACACUGAAGAAAGUGAGUGGAUCUGACCAGGGAAGAGAACGAACAAACUCCACCAGUAUCCCUAUGACUGGCUUUAUCGGGAGAGAUUCCAUUGCUGACACUGAAACGGACAUAACUGUCAUGGAGACAACUCCAAGAGCCACAGCCACUCAAGACCCACUUCUCACUAUGCCCACUGGAGCAGGUGACCUCAUCCCUGGGAUGCACAGGAGAAUGGUGUCCUCUCUCACCGAAACCUCAGUUCCAUCUGAGAUAUCCUCUGGAGUCACCAUUGCCAUUGCAAGGACCUCACUCUCCAUGACUCCAGUAGAAAUCACAGCUAGGCCCGGCUCCAGUGCUCCCUUAAACAUCAGCCUUUUGGGGACAAUUUUUUUUAUACCCCUUGCAGACAUACCUGUAGCUGAAAUAACUAUUGGAGAGAGUUCCAGUAUCCCCCUUUCUCCAUGGCCCACUCCAGUUGAUUUUUUGACUAUUGCUGUCUCAGCCCCAGGAGCUGUAAUCACCUCCAUAGUGCUUCUAUCUUAAA